UUUUUUAUGACAUUUCAUGACAAUUAAAACUGUUGAAAAAUCUAGUUAAUGGGUAUUCUUUGUAUACACAAUUCAGAGGAUAAGGGAUCAAAUUCAAUCAGUACGCGAUGCAAGUGCCCCUGCUCCACCGGAGCACCCAGAUGGUGCUGCUGAAGAAGCAAAUCCGGCGUAAGGCGAAGGAGUUGCGUCUGCGAAAGCGUAACGCCCACCGCCGCCUUCAGCUGAUGCGAAGGAUCCGUGACCAUCUGCUCCACAGGAUGCGGAACUCCAUAGAUCACCGGCAGCGGGAUGCGGAGCAGAAGAAGAGGGAGCAGACACGGAGGGCGGUGGGCGGUAUGCUUUCCAUGUACAAGCACUGGCUGCUCAGCUGGUCAAAAGCUUUGAGGCUACAAAGUCAGCUAAUUCGCCACCAGGAGCAUGUGAAACUUGGACUGCGUCGCAAACUUCGACACUUGAGGAGGCAGCUAAAGAAAGUCCGGAAUCCACAGAACUUGGUGGACAAGUGCUUCAAUCGACUGUUCAAGGCGGUUAGGAAGUGGCAAAAGAGAUCGGAUUACUACGAGCACGUCAAGGAUCAGGACAAGAUCUGGGAGGCAGAGGCACAGGAGGUUCGAAACUAUUUAUCGGAGGUUCGGGGAAGGCGACCCCGAAAGUUAAGACGUGGUAGGGCUAAAAAGGAUAUCGAAAUCGAGAACUUUGCUAAAUUUUGGAAAACUGAAGUGUUGCACACACGCGCUUUGAUCAAUAAACAAAUGGCCAUGGCAGGAAGAAAACAAGGAGACUUGCAGAUAGAUACAUCACAUCAUAAAACUAGGAAAUCAAAGAAAAAGGGAAAAGAAAGAUAUUUCAGCUUAGAUGAACUGGUUAUUCGGAAAAAAUUUAAAAGAAUUAGGAAGGGCAUUCGAAAGCCAAAGAAACAAGAUCCAUUAAAACCAUCUUUAGAGGAAUUGAAAAUGUUGAUAAGGGAACUAAUAAGCUUCAAUUGGAAAAAGAAAGUUAUUAAAAUCCCGAAAAUCAAAAGAAAAACUAACAAAAACCCCAAAUUUGAUUUUGGCAAAAUCCCAAGCAUCUCCGAUGUUUCAAACAUAAUCCAAAAAGUACGAAUAAAAAAAAAAUUGAAAAGCGGCCGAGGUUCCAGAAGUGUUCCAGAUCCGAAAAUCAUUAAAUCUAAGGUAACAAAGCCUAAACUUCGAAAGCGUAAAAUGCACUACGUGGAUAGGGUAAUUAAAGACGAAUUAAAUGCACUUUUAGAGACAAAGGCAAAGAAAAGGGACUAUAAUCGUGGAAAAACUAACGAAGCUGAAACUUUACAACAGAGAAGGGAAAAAAAAGAGUGGGAAAAGCAAGAAAAUAUACUCGAAACAUUAUACAAUGAUAUACCCCUAUAUAUGAGGCGUGAUAUUGAGCGAAGAAAUAGGAAAAAACUACGUGACAAACUUCAAGCUUCUAGUUCGAGUAGUUCGAUUGCGUCCCAAGAGAUUUUCAUCGGAUCCGAAAAAGUGCCCACUAAGUCAGAUAAGUACAAAAAGCUUUCUAGUACGAGCAGCGGUUUCGGAAACAAGGAUCGACCCGCAUUAUCUGCCGAGAGGAGUGGCUCUCAUUUGUUGGUCAAAAGGGAUAGCGUUGCGUCCCUCAGUGAAUCACUGAACAAGUUAGUUAUGGCCGGCAAUCGAAACCGAAAAUUUACCCGUAAGUCCAUUCGCCUGCCACUCAUAGUACCCAAGAAGAUCCGCGUUGCUCCUCCAAAAGGUCAAGAGGAAAGUCACUACCAGUCUUUGAAGAAGGAUAUCAUGUACCUUCAUAGCAACAGCCACCAUAUGGGUGUAUCUAGGAUUACAGCCAGCGAAUCAGCUCUGCACAGAGGAAACCAAUCGAACAGGUAUCCUCCAAGAAGGGCUUCCGAUACCCAACUUGGUAUUUAUCCAAAAUCCCAAAGCCAAGUUUUUGGUCACCUAUUUUCGAAAUCGCCCUCCAGCAAUAAGUUUAUAUAUGAUCCGCUGCCAGAUGAUCUUCAGAAACUCCUUGCACCUGUGCGAGAUCGCCAAGACAAAACGGAAAAUGCCCCGAAGACCAACGUCAAAGAUUUCGAUUCUAAAAGGUUUCAUUUGAAAGAUCUACGCUCAGAUGCAAAAUUCAAACACGUGCAGUUCCUCCUUAAGGACGUCAUACAAAGAAACGAAGUUAUCGAUUAUAUUGCCGAUGUCAAUGGACUUAUGCAGGAAGUAGCGAACCAUGAAAUGUGGUCCAAGCUUCAGAGUCUCUACAACGAACUAAAAGAAUCGGGAGUUCCUUUAACGCAAAUUAAGGAAAGUCUGGCCAAAAAGUACUUGGAGUAUCUUAACGAAAUAGUGAUUGAGAGAAACUAUGCACGAAUAGAACCGCCGCGGGACAAGAGGCUUAAUGUUUUGGAAACCGAAUCUGUGAAUGCUAAACAGAAGAAAGAGGUGGAAAAGUUUAUGGAGCGGAACUGGUGGUCUAGGAAGCGGAUGAGCACACGGAUUAUUCCCUUUGGCAUGCGGGGACUCAGGACGAGCAAAAGUGACCCACCUCACAGCUCAAGACUGUCGCAGGAAAUCAAGAUGGACGGUGGACUGUACAAUAAACUCCUCGAGCAGGAGCUCAAUGCAGAGCAAUUGGAGCGCGAGGAGCGCAGGAGAAGACGCUUUAGCAGCACCUUUGGAUCAGCUAUAAGCUUCAACAACAGCUUGGAUCUGUCCAACGAGGAGCAGGAAAUGCGGGACUUCGAGUGGCGCUACUCGCUACACAACAUCAGGAGCAUGAUGAACCAGCACCAGCUGAUGUUCCAGGCUUUGGAUCGCAAAUCGCGAGUUGAGCAGGUGGUGCACAAGAAGAUCAAGGGAGAGAUCGAAGAAUUGUAUACCUCCGCACAAUUUAAGCGUCCUAAAAAGCAUUCUACCCCUUUUACGGCGAGGAAGAGGAGCAAAAACCUUAGGCCCGUUGAGGAACUUUACUACUCACCCCGGAAAACUUGUCGCCUGCAGAAGAUCUCCUGUUCCGCAGAGUGUUUGGCAUGCGUGGGCCAAGUUGAGAAAAUCGGUGAUUCGAUGGUCCUGGACAAGUGUCCUCGGUGUGGAGUAAAGGUGCCUGUGCCCGCGCCCACUACCUCGUUCUCCAUGUCGUCUUCAUCCAGCUGUGAGAUCUUGUCCAGCGGAUCCAUAGAGGCCUGUGCCAAGAACAAGCUGCUAAUCAACACGCUCGAGGACCUUUGCACACGCUGUGGCUAUGUCCAUAAGAAGGAGCAUCUUUGCUCACGGUUACCCAUGAAUGAGCGGAAGACCAAGCUGCUAAAGCGGAUUAAGGACAGCGUACCUACUGCCCCCGAGUGCCCGUCAUUCUGCUGCCCACGAGGGAUCCUUAAGAACACCAGAAGUUUUGAUCCUUAGCCGGGGCGACAAGGAGUGCUGAGUACUUUGAAGCCACCAAAGUGGCAACUAAACUCCGGAUAUGCACG